CGUUCGCUCGGCUGUCAUUGUCAUUACGUGACUAUUCGUCUCCUAGGGUGCAGGUGAUUCAGUUCGGUGUUAUUUCACAACAAUCAUGGAAGAAAUAUUGAUUGCAGAAGUGCGUAAACGGUCCUUCCUGUAUGAUCAUAAAUCGCCCCUGUACAGAGAUAAACACCGGCGGUACGCAUCGUGGGAAGAGAUAGGAAAAAAACUCAACCAAAGCGCUCGUUCGGCAAAAGACGCAUGGGAAAAAUUACGCCGAUGCCAUUGGAAUGCAAUCAGUCGACGCAAGCGAGCCAGUGAUUACGGUGAAAAACCCUUGGCCCCUUGGAAACAUGAGGAGGACAUGGCUUUCUUGUUGCCUCACUGCAUUAAGCGAAGCACUAAUGAACCAGAACCCUACGAUGACAACGAUUUAACAUUCGAUGGCUUUGACGAAACAAAACAACGCGAUUUCGAUCCCCUCGAAGAAAUUACAUUGGUUAAAAAUGAACUUCCUGCCAUGCACUUUGACCAUGAGAGUCCCAACCAUAGUCUCUCGUUUGAAACCAACAAACGCACCAACAAUAAUGUUAGCAUCGAAAAUAAGCCUCCGGAGAAAAAGAAGGUGAGAACUGAAGAACCACCCCCGCCACGGCCAGACUCCGCGUACGCCAAUCUGGAUGAGAUUGAUCUGUUUUUCUGCAGUAUGGCUAAAACAACGAAAACUCUUCCGGCUAUCGAGCAGGCCAAAGUGAAGCUACAAGUGAGUCAGAUUGUGUUCCAAGCGCAAAUCGCAAGCAUCACCCAGAUGCCAACCCGGAAAACUGAACCAAAACGCUCCGACUCGGUUGCUUCCAUCAAUUCCGACUUUUGAUAAUGCACUGUAAAACACACUCUAUAUCGGUACAAAUGGUUUAAAUAAACGUUG